AUGAAUUUAGUAGUUUUAUUUUUUCUAGUAAUACAUUCAAUUUUUGCGCGGCAGAGUCUGAAUUUCAAUCGAUUUGAAUUCAGGAAACCCGGAGAGAUCAAAAAGGCCGUGAGUUAUUCUCAAUUUUCAGAAAAUUCUAGAAAAUUUUAAUAUUCAAUUUUAGGAAAACUUGGAAAGUGUGUAUGUUCGAGCGUGGAGUGAGAUUGUGUUCACGAAAAAAGAUGAGACACCUCAGGAAAUCUCGCCAAUUGAUUUUCAUGAAGUCACCACUAUUGACACCCCAAAAUCUAUCGAAAAUGUAGAGGAUGAUGAGUUUCAGAUGAUUUAUGAUGAGAAAAAGAUGGAGUAUGUUCUAUACAGACCAACUACAAGUUCAAGAAUCCCACCAACAACACCUUCAACAAAACCAACUUCAGAAAAAGCUUUGGAAACAUUUGGAGAUUCAAAGGAGGGUCUUCCUGAAGAUUCCGAGGAGAAGCGGGAAAUUGAAGAAGUCGAAGUGAUUUUAAAUGAAAGUUAUCCUGAUAUUCAAAACGAUUCAAUGAAAUUCUACCCAGGAAAAUCGAAAAUCAAGACUGUGGAUUUGGCAAUUAUGGAUCCGAAAUUUUUAGAGAAGGAAGAAUUUGUGAUAAAUCUAAGUCAAGAAGACCGCGCAGCUUGGAGAAAAAAGUUAGUGAAUCUAACACUGCUUGAAGUAAAAAGCGAGAAAACACAUCAGGAUUUAGGGAGCAGUUAUAUAUUUCCAAUUUUAGAUAAAGUGAAUUACGAUAACACAAGUGCACCACUAGCAUUUAAUGGUAAAACUUUACUUUAAAAAAAUGAAGUCAACUAAAUUGUUUGUCAGAUAUUCCGGUGAAUGUUGUGGUUUCAUUAAACUUUUUGUAUCUUGCUAGUUUUGAUAGUGAACUUAUGGAAUAUUCACUGGACGUUGAGAUGGAAUUUACAUGGUUUGAUAUCCGAUUGGUGAAUAAUUAUACUCAACCAAUCAGAAUUCGCGAGAAACAUAUCAUCGAAAAAAUCUGGAAGCCUGAUCCUUAUAUCGUGAAUUCGAAAUUCUCAUAUUUUCACUAUGUGUCUUUUCCGAAUAUCAGAAUGCGAAUUACACCACAAGGAUUGGUAACCUAUACACUUCGAGUUUCUUCGGUUUGCUCGUGCUUUAUGUCAUUUUGUUUAUAUCCUCACGAUAAACAAGAAUGCGAUCUGAAAUUGAGUUCCAGUAAGUUCUUCUAAUAAACUUUUCAAGUUCACAAAAAAUUAUUUUCAGUCGCAUAUUCUCGACAAUUUUUACAAUUUCAUUGGAAAAGCGUUGAUCCCAUCAAACGAAACUCACUAUUCAGAUUACCGGAAUUGCACAUUGAGAAAAUGUCGCAUGAUACUUGUACAGCAGAGGGUAAACUUGUGGACACCUCAUGUCUUCGAAUUAUAUUUUAUUUGGAACGGGAUAGUGCGAGAUUUUUUGAUUGAGAAGUAUGUGCCUUCAACGUUGGCGAUGAUGUUUGCAUGGGUUGCACCGUAUGUUCCGUAUAAUUAUGAAGAAGUUAGGAUUGUUACGCCGAUUACGGUUAGUGAAAAAAUGACUGGUGACGGUGGAAAUCAUUUAGUUUUGAAAUAUGUAUAAUCUUGAAGUUAAUUCAUAAAAACAAACGAUUUUAAGGUGCUUCUAACGCUCGUCCAAAUGGAGAAAGGUGAUAAAGAGAUCAGAACUUCAUAUAUGACAUCAAUCGAUGUUUGGUUUGCCGCGAUGAAAUCGUUUACAGUGUUAUCAUUAUUAGAAUCGCUUAUAGUAUUAGCACUAAUCAAGCAAAGUCGAGCAAUGGUAAAAUCAAAAUUUUGAGUCAAAUGACCCAGCAACGGAGAUUAUGAGCACUUUUAAAAAUGUUCAAAUGUUGAUGGAUGAAAUUAAAAAUGCACUUACUUCACAAAAAAUUGAAGUUGAACAUAAAUUUCAGAAAAAAUAAAAAAAUGAAUAAAAUAAAGAUAGAUGUGAGGAAUUCGACCACCAAAAUAGUACGGCCACAUUUAUCUUUUUGUUUUCAGUUUUUUAUUUUCACUGAAACUAGAUUUUUGGGCCUAGAUUUUGAUGAGUUAGCCUAACGUUUCUCAAUUUUUAAAGAUUAUUUUCAUAAUUAUCAUACAUUUUCAAAUUUUACAACAUUUUUCAUCGAUUUUUUUCAAUUUUCCGAAAUCACUCCCCAAAAAACUCACCAAUCGCUUCUACUUCUCAAAUCACACAAAAAUCAUCGAAAAUUCGAAAAUCCCAAUCAAAAUCCUCCAAAUUUUCCACGUUAUUGAUAUCGAAAUCCAAUUGUUUCAAUCUGAAAAUCAGAAAAUUUGAAUUUUUCAUGUACCAUUGAGUUCUACUAACUCCAUGUCUGUUUCUAUAGAUUUCUGAGGGCUUUCUGGGUCUCACAACAAUUUUCCAGCUAUUUUUCAGAGUUUCACAGCAAUAUCUUACCCAAACUCAUUUUUCAUCGAAAUUUCAAUCGAAACAGUGUUUCUCUAGAGAAAACCCAUCUUUCUUCGUUAAUCCUCGGAUUUUCCGUUGAAAGCGAUAAUUCCAGCAAUGUAGAACAUCUAAAAAUUCAAUUUUCGACUGAAAUGCACUGAUUAUCCCCGAAAAACUGAAAACCCAGCGAAAAAAAACGAAAAAUGAAAAUAUUCUCGUGUUGCGCUAAACAGCGGGCAAGCGGGAGUGUCGUUGUAAAUUCAAUAAACUUUCUAUAUUGUUGUGCCAAUAUUUGGAGAGAAUUUCAGGGCUCCCAACUGUUAUACUUUUUAUGUGAUAUUUGGAGAGAAUUUCAGGGCUCCCAACUGUUAUACUUUUUAUGUGAUCCUUUCUCUUGAUUUUUUUGAAAAACAGAACUCAAUGGUCAAAUUUUCUGAUUUUCAGCUUGGAAAUAUUGAUGGACAAUCGGAUUUCAAUAUCAAUAACGUGGAAAACUUGGAGGAUUUUGAUUGGGAUUUUCGAAUUUUUGAUGAUUUUUGUGUGAUUUGAGAAGUAGAAGCGAUUGGUGAGUUUUUUGGGGAGGGAUUUCGGAAAAAUUGAAAAAAAUCGAUGGAAAAUGUUGUAAAAUUUGAAAAAUAUAUGAAAAUUAUGAAAAAAAAACCUUUAAAAAUUGAAAAAAAGUUAGGCUUACUCAUCAAAAUCUAGGCCCAAAAAUCUAGUAAUAGAAUAUUGAGUUCAACUUACGUAACCUUCAAUUCAAAAAAUCGGCGAAAAAAAUGAUGGAAAAAAGAAAAAAAAAACAAGAGACAACAAGAAAAUAAUUCGCUCAUUGUCAGCGAAUUUCGCUGUCCCUUUAUUUGACCAAACCAGCCGUUUUCGGUUUUUUUGUGAAGUAAGUGCAUUUUUAAUUUCAUCCAUCAACAUUUGAACAUUUUUAAAAGUGCUUAUAAUCUCCGUUGCCGGGCCAUUCAAAACUACAAAUUUUUUGUUGUAGAAAAAGAAUGCGGAAAAAGCUCAGAACGAGUUGGAAAAAUCAAACUUCGAAAACGAAUCUUAUCGCCUAAAUAGACUUUAUCAUCGAGUUGAUCGAAUUCAAAGAUUCUCAUCACCUAUUAUUUUCAUUUUCUUUUUUAUUUACUAUGUUUUAUUCAUUGCACAAGGAAAUCCAAAUUGUGUGGACAAUUUAUGA